UGCGAGUCUCCUUGACGCGGGACUUGAUUUCAUUAUGCUUAUGCUGCUCCAUCUCGGCGUGCACGAAUUAUUCCUGCACCCGAACGAGACGGAAAUUCCGUGGGAGUGUGCUAAAAGUGGACAGCUCAUGUUCUCCAUUGUUAACCGUUAUGUCCCGAGGUGGAAGCUUCGGACUCCUACGCCUUCUGGGUCUCGUUGCGAAAUGAGGCCGCUGAGAUAUCGCUAUCGUCCAGAAAACGUAGUGGCACGUUUAAAUCAAAUGGCGCCGCUGCGGUCGCUGAAGGAGCUGUGUCGCCUCUCCAUCCGCGCCUCCCUCGGCCACUGCAGGAUUGAAGAGAAGACGGAAGGCUUGCGAGACGUGUUGCCAGCUCCUCUUAGAGAAUACCUUUACUUUCGCCACGACUUCCUCAGCUUCCCGAGUAUUACUGAUCUUCCCGAGGAGGAUGAGGAAUAUGAGUAACCAUUGAUACGGUGACUCGUCUUGCCUGGGACCGUUGAUACGGCGCAUUUCAAACGCUGAUGAUUCACUGAUGGAGCUUUGAACUCAUAAUUCAUCACUAAACAUAUCAAAAUUUUAAUUUGACUCAUAAUUGAACAUUCAGGUGAAUGGAACAAAACGAAGUCCUAUCUAUCGUCAGCGAAACCCUAAAAGACAAUAAAGAUAACAUUCCCAUAUCACAACAGUACUUGGUUUGGUAUCUUUAAUAGGAAUUUUUAGAUUCUAGUUACUUCAGCGACACAAAUUUUUCAUUGAAAAUUUCGGAAGAUUUGUACGACUACGUCCAGGGCUACGCUGAUGCGACUACGUCGUCAACUGCCUGAGGCACGUCUGUGCUACUGAGGCCCAGGAGCAAUAGAACUAACGCUCAUCUGUCCUCAGUUGGGGGAGCUGAUGCGAGAUUAUUUUGGAGACAAUAGUGGGACAGAGGCGGACGUCCAGGGAUUGUGCUCAAACACAUGUUAAGGAUUCCUUGUCAGACGGAUGUGGGAUUUAGACUUGUUCUUGUGGUGCUAAGAACGCCAAAUGAUUUAUUUUUCAGGAUUGUAUUAAGGCUUCCAUUUCAAACAUUUUUUACGUUCUUUUUCUUGUGAUUUGACGUAAACAGCGCAACAAAUUUAUAAUCUGUGGUUGCUUCCGCAUCUUUUUCUUGUCCAUGUUUCAAGUGUUUUUUUUAUUAGCAAAUCGCGCAGCUAUCGUUCGAUAAUGUCACAUUGUUGAUGGUAUUUCUGUUGUCAUUAAUCAUAUAGAUGCUAAUAACGUCUACGACGGAUAAUGUAUUCCUAGACAGAGCGUGAUAUUUUAUGCUACGUUUAACCACAAGCUUUGUAACUCCAGACACAACCUUUCUUUAUCCUGACAUUCAUUAAUUGAUUACCAUACUGUAUACUUUUGAAUACUAUCGCUAGGCUGGUAGUUUAACAUGCUAAAAACUAAAUUUAAUGAGAAAAACGAGUCUCCGGUGAUCCUCAUUAAAGUUUCCCAAGUUAAUUAUUGUUACUGGGACUAAUAAUUAGCAGGGUCACCAAGUGGCUACAUGUUGAGAGUACUAAAAUGGAUGGAGUGUGUUGCGGGUUCGAUCCCAGCUUGCUAUGACAGUUCUAGUCAAAACAGGCGAGGUGGCCGUGGGGUUCAAAAAAGCUAAAUUUGAGCAACGAGUUUCGGCUCCAAAGCCCAGCAAGCUGCUAGAAUGCUGCGAUGUCAAUAAUCUGCUUAAGGCUAUAGUUAGCCUAAUGAACGCUGUCACUAUCACUUGUAAAUUCUCAGCAUUGUCACCUCUAUGUUUUAUUUUAAGUCAUUAUCGUUACCGGUAAAUUUUAAGGGUUUGUCACCUUCAUCGUGAUUGGACCCUGGGUCGUGACCAGCAUCGUUUUAAGAAUAAGGAUCAGCGAUUUAAGGGUCAGCGCCUGAGUUAUAGGAAUCGUGUUUUCGACGCGAU